GCCCACUUGGGCGGGCCCAGACCCCUCCCCGCCACCGGCGUUCCCGCCCCAGCUCGCCGGGGGCCGCUGUGGCGCUCGCGGGCUAGGGGCGGCUGGCGGAAGUGCCUCUCUGGCCGGCGCUUUAUAGGCCUCGCUUGUGCUUCCUGUUUCCUCUUUCCCAGGGACCCGCCAGCAUGGGCCGAGUUCGCACCAAGACAGUGAAGAAGGCGGCCCGAGUCAUCAUUGAGAAGUACUACACUCGCCUCGGUAAUGACUUCCAUACUAACAAGCGCGUGUGCGAGGAGAUUGCCAUCAUCCCCAGCAAGAAGCUCCGCAACAAGAUAGCCGGCUAUGUGACACAUCUGAUGAAGCGGAUUCAGAGAGGCCCAGUACGGGGUAUUUCCAUCAAGCUGCAGGAGGAGGAGAGAGAAAGGAGAGAUAAUUAUGUCCCUGAGGUUUCAGCCUUGGAUCAGGAAAUCAUUGAAGUAGAUCCUGACACUAAGGAAAUGCUGAAGCUUUUGGACUUCGGCAGCCUCUCCAACCUGCAGGUCACGCAGCCUACUGUCGGGAUGAAUUUCAAAACGCCACGUGGAGCUGUUUGAAUCUCUUUGCUAUGCUGUAAUGUUGUCAAUAAAUUUGGGACAAUA